AUGGAUGAUUCAAAUUCAACUGCUAGUAUUGUUGAUGAUGCAAAUAAUUCGAUUGAUGCAAUUGAUUUUAUGCAGCGCAUUAAUGAUAAUCAUCAUGCUUUACGUACAAAAUGUGAAGCUGAGUAUAUUAGUGAAGAACAAUCUGUUGAUAGCGAAAAUAUUCCAGAACGUGAUCAUAUUAUAAAUACUCAAGAUCGAGAUUAUCAACAGAUAUUAGUGGAUAUCGACUUUAUUGAUGAAAAUCAGCCAUUAUCUCCUGAAUAUGAUGAAAUAACUGGAAAUGAUUUGGUUGAUAAUGGAUCAAAUGAAGAUUAUGACGUUGAAGAAUUAUUAUCGGCUUCAAUGGCUAAAUAA